UCCAGCCUGGGCGGCUGUGUGAGGGCCUGAGAGCUGUCCCUGUGUGGGAGGAGGAAGUGCUGUCAGCGGUUUGUGUCGGUGACCCGGUUCGAGUUUACAGCAGACAUGACGGAGCCAGAGCUUUUGUUGGAUUCUAACAUCCGUUUAUGGGUGGUUCUUCCAAUUGUGUUCAUCACAUUUUUUGUGGGCAUGAUCCGCCAUUAUGUCUCCAUCCUGCUUCAGAGCGACAAAAAACUAACACAAGAACAAGUAUCAGACAGUCAAGUGCUGAUUCGAAGCAGAGUACUUCGGGAAAACGGCAAAUACAUUUCUAAGCAGUCCUUUCUGAUGAGGAAAUUCUUCUUCAAUAAUGCAGAAGAUGGAUUUUUUAAAAAGACAAAGAGGAAAGUUGUUCCACCUUCUCCCAUGACAGAUCCAACAAUGUUAACAGACAUGAUGAAAGGAAAUGUCACAAAUGUUCUUCCAAUGAUUCUCAUUGGUGGCUGGAUUAAUAUGACCUUCUCUGGGUUUGUGACAACUAAAGUGCCAUUUCCAUUGACUCUACGAUUCAAACCUAUGCUGCAGCAAGGAAUAGAGCUAUUGUCUUUGGAUGCUUCCUGGGUGAGCUCAGCAUCAUGGUACUUUCUUAAUGUAUUUGGAUUGAGAAGCAUUUAUUCUCUUAUUCUGGGCCAAGACAAUGCCGCAGAUCAGUCGAGAGUGAUGCAAGAACAGAUGACUGGAGCAGCUAUGGCAAUGCCGGCAGACACCAACAAGGCGUUUAAGACUGAAUGGGAAGCACUUGAGCUGACUGACCACCAGUGGGCGCUAGAUGAUUUGGAAGAUGAGCUGAUGGCCAAGGAUCUGAACUUCGAGGGGAUGUUCAAAAAAGAGCUACAAACAUCCAUAUUCUAAUACUUGAGCUGCCUUUUGGAAACUUUUGCCCUACAGAGUUUACAUUUGUCUUGUUUACCUGCUUGUACUGUUUAUUUUAUAAAGAUGCAGGUGCAGCUUGCAUCAUACUUUUGGUACAGCAGAGAAAGCAGUUAGCUUAGCAGAACCCUUUUUCCGACUUUAAAUCAAUGUUCCGUAGAUUUCCUUUUCUGGUACUACUGAUUCAUUUACAUACCAUUGCUUGCUGUAGAAUAGAUCCAGGUGUUUCACAACAGUCUUGAGUAAUAAUUUUAGAAGUUUGGAGCUGUAAUCCAGACUGUACAUUUUUGACCCUUUAAUGCAAGACUGUAUGUAAAUAAAUUAUAGCGCAAAGCAAGAAAAAAACAAGGCAUAUUUAACAUUUCCACUGGAUAAAACCAGAAACAUGUUCAGAAAUAGGAACUGUGCCUUUAAACACUAUACUUAGAAUGUCUUCGUUUUUUUUCUUCAUAUUUUUUUUUUUUUUUUAUCACUGUGAAGCAGAAAAAAAGAAUCCAUCCGUUUAUACUGCCUUUAAAUCAGAUCAUUAGAUUACAUUCCAUUGCAAUGAAGAGGGACAGCCAUAUUCCCUUAAUGAGACAGGAUCACUCAAUAAAAUGUGAAUUGUCGUGAAUUCAAAGAGCCUUUCAAACUGUAUAAAUCCCUGUCUGUUUCCAGUUUGCCUAUUUUGUCUUAAACGUUUGAAUUCCAGACAGUUGACACUUUACUGAAUAUCCUGCCAGUGUUUACUUUGCUAUAACCACUCUUAUUUCAAAGCGGAGUAGCAUAACUGCAUCAUUAACAUGGGGGAUACAAAUAAAACAUUUAUAGGAAGACAACCCCACGGCAGAACGGCAGACUCGUUGGCAUGGUAUAUCUGCUUGAUAUGGUCUGCUCAUGGGGUAUUUUUUUUUUCUCCUCCUUUAUUGAAUAUCUGAGAUAUUUAUCUUCAGAACUCGGUCAAUACGGUAGACAGGAGUCUGUCAACAGCUUAUCAAUGCACAUACUGUAUUUAUUUAUAUUCACUUUUUUAUUUUUGCCUAUUUAAACUUUAUACAAUAUUGUUAUUUUGAAGUAACAAAAGUAGACAGACUUUUUUUUAAAUGCUUUUCCUGUGGUCCGGUCUCUAAAAUGUACUUUUAUUUUUCUCUGUAAUUUAAAAAUAAACGAUUUCACCGUACAUUA